UUGUUCUUUCCGGCGAUGCCGGAACAGUCACUGACAGAAUUCGAGGCCGUGAAUUUUCUGUCGGAAAGGCGGGCUGAUGCUUUUGAAUCGCAGAUUCAGAUGUCCGCGGAGGUGCUGGGAUGUUUCUCUACACGAAGUGCAAAUUGGGCGGGCGGGCGGUGUCUCCCGGAUCGCAGUCCGGGAGGUGUGUCCCACGCGCGAUCAGACCGCCAGUCGCAAGUCGCCGUCAUCAUGAGUCACACUGACGACAACGGAGUAGCAACGCUGAGCUGUACCGACUGCUCGACGUCGUCUAGUGGGACGAGCGACAUCACAGACCCCGGCUCGCCGUACAGCACCGCGUCCACCCAUUCCUCGGCGUCCGAGGGCAGCGACGACUGUUCUCCCCGCAAGAAUGCCGCUGUCUCGGCGACACUUUCUCUGCCGGCGCCACCAUACUGCGGCGUCGUGACGCCUCCGGUGCAGAGCCGCCACUGGGCGACGUCCGCCCCCUCCUGCAAAACUGUCUCUGCCAUGGCCCCCAACACACAGCAGCACUGCUGGCCCCCGCCCCCGCCACCACCUCUUGCCGUCACUGCCACCCCGCUAACACCGGUCACUGCCAACGUGAUUGCCAAUCUGCCCCUCAAGUCACUGAAACGUCAGACUGCCAUUACAAGCCACAAGACUGCCUCUGCUCCGUUUGCCGCAACCAAGAGACUAAAGGCGGAUCAUCACAGCAGCAAUAAUAAUAGUGUUACAGUUACUAGUCAUUGUGCCACACAGUGUGCGAAUAAGGGCAGGUGUUGUUGUAGUGCUGACAGUAAGAGCCACGAGGGGGACGCGCCUCCCCCGACCAAAGUUCCGCAACAGGGGAAGAUCACCGAGUACUUCAAGUCGCAGGUGAAGCCGCUGAACGGGAUCAAGAAGGAGCUGGCUGUGAAAUCUGGUUCUGGUGUGCAGCAGGGGAGAAAGGAACCCAAGUCGUGUGAGACUGCACCGAGCGCCAACAAGUAUUUUCCAAGUUUGCUCUCAGGUACAAAGUCCCCUGUAAGAAAUGUACCGCUGUCCAAAGCAAGCGACGUCGGAGGUUCUUCUCAGCCGUGGGCGAAAUCUUCCAUCGAUGGCAAGACUUCCAAGGUUUCGCAGAAAGUCGCAGCAGAUAAAAAGACUGGAGGGAUGGUGGCAGCGGUCGCAGCACGGAAGAUGUCUUCGUCCGCCGUGUCAAAGUUCCUGGAUACGAAGCGGAAUGGCCUGAAUAUUCCGUCGACCUCGUCGUCGUCUCAGAAGCUGUCCGCGCUGUUGUCACCUAAUACUGCCCAGAAGUCGCCAUCCCUGAGCCUUGUGGAAAGUGCACAAAAAUCUGCGUCGGCGACAACUGCCAGCGCCACUCUGAAGACGGCUCUGUCAUCCGAGACGGCGUUCAAGACCGGGAAGGAAGCCGUUCCUAAGCCAAAGACAAUCGCGUCUGAGCCGGACUGCGUGGCUUCGUUGUUGUGCGACAAGCCUACUCCAAUUUUGUCGGUGCCAACUACCAUCAGGUUUCCUGCCAUUCCUAGCGACAGCAGCAGCACCAGUAGCGGCAGUAGCGGCGUGGUACCUUCUAAACCCAACAGCUCACAGUUAGAAUCGCCCGACACAAUCGCCUGCCGCUGGUCAGAGUGUGGGACGCGCUUUGACACUAGUACUGGUCUGUUAGAGCACCUGCAGGCAAAGCACGUGAAUCCGCAGGCAUCCUGCGAGAAUUACGUGUGCCUGUGGGUGGGUUGCAAGGUGUAUGCCCGCACGUCUUGUUCCCGUUCGUGGUUGGAGAGACACGUUCUGAGUCACGGUGGGAACAAACCAUUUCGUUGCAUUGUGGAUGGAUGUGGCCAACGGUUUAGUUCACAGACGACACUGGAACGCCACGUGAAUGGCCACUUCAACCAGAGUGAGGCUGGAAAUGGGAGUGCCGGCGCACGUCGCAGCGUGGAGAGCGCCUCCAAUAAGUUGUUCCGUCGGAACGGCAAGAAGCUCCGAUAUCGCCGACAGCCCUGGUCAGCGCGCAUGUUCGACUAUUUUGACGCAGGGAUCAUGGAAGGACUGCAGCAUCGCCUGGUGAACAUGACCGAAGUGCAGACUCACGGCAACGUUGGAUCUGCAGCUGGCAACGCCGUUUCACUUCACAGUAAGGUGAUGGCACGACGUGUGCAGCCAGAUGGACGGAUGCAGGUUUUGGUGCGCUGGUAUCCUGAAGACAUUUUGCCGGAUGAGUGGGUGGCAGAGACGGAGGCCCAGAGUAGCCGCAGCGUGCCGAUACCGAGCCUUUCUGCCGCUGCCAUGACGACGCUCCAAGGCGUCCUGUUUGUGCCUGGGAGGAACAAGCAGCGUCGGAAACCCGCGAAGUCCACGUGAUGACCGGACUGUCAUUAGCAGGCUUACGUAACAGGAAAACUUGGAGUUUCACUCCGGCAAGAGACAAGAGAAGAAGAUGCACGUACCAAAGUGGACUGGACAGACAUUUCUAAGAAAGACGUGGAAUUCAGUAUUUCAGUUCCCUCUCCUACUUCUGAAACAUGUUUGAGCUAGGCCUAGUUCAUAGGACGAGCUGUUGAGUGUUAGUUUGUGUAUAGGUCUGGUUAAGCUGAGUAGAAUAAUAUGGCGAAGGAAUCUGAUUUUCCUCCAAAGCAAUCAGCCUAAGACCACACUGCCAAAUCGUGUGACCGCGUAUGUAUAUACAUAUAUAUAUAUAUAGAGAGAGAGAGUGAGAGAGACUUUUUUUAACAUUUCCUUCAUUGGCCAGACUGUGUGUGCGUGCGUGCAUGUUAUAGUUUCUUCCUGAACCGCAUGCCUUGCGCACAUUUAGCGCGCGCACUUCUUGUACAUAUGGUAUGAGACAUUUAAGUUGAAGGAAAUGGUAUAGCGAUUUAUAAUUUUUUUUUUUUUAACCUCAUAAUUGAUUAUUUAUGACAUGGUGAAUAUAACAGUGUCAGGUUUUAAGGUGAAAAGAAAAUAUGAGCCAAAAAUACUAGACACGUGUAACGAUCACUGCCAUUCUGAACUGCCGCUGUCUGUGUGUUUGUCAUUCAGUUAUUCGUGUUUGUUUGUAACGGAACACCAGGCAGACUUAGCAUAGUUGGAAGGGAAUACUUCUUGUUUUCCCUUCUGUUGUUUAUGUUGUCACUUUACUGCACUGUGCCAUAAUUUAUUAACUUUAGUGGAUUUGCAUAAGAAAAUCAAAACAACGGCUCAACUUCCCUGAUCUCCGUAAUUUAGGACCGAGGAAGGCCCGAUUCAGCGCGCUCAACGUAUGUUGUUUGUAUUUGCCUUUAACUCUAAAACUGGGGAAUUGUUCGCGUAGCGUGACGUCAAAACAGAAGAAUCGACGGAAGAGUCGUUUGUCGAGACGAGAUGCCCUACCUUGGCGUUGCCAUCAUUCAUACUAUUGCUUGAGGUUCUUGAUGCACAGUUGUUGUUUUUUUUUCAUCUCUGAAGUCUGUGGUACCAAAAAUAAAGAUAGGGAAAUUUGUACGGUCUCUGCCUGAAACAUUCCUUGAUGGGUGGCAACCCUCGAUUCUUUUGGUUCACAUUUUAGUAAUAAUUACCAGUAAGAAAAGCAUGCAGUGUGUCGGUGUGGCUACACUGCUUCUGCCCUGAUCGUGGCAUAUUCAAAACAGCGUGUUCCCUUCCUGCAUUUACUGGUGUAUGGGUUGUACAUAGCGUCGGUACUGCCACUACAAUUAGUACUACUACUGAUAACAGCUGUUAACUGCUGUAAUGGAUGACCAGGUCAUUCAUUUUACAUUUGUUUUUGUUUGUUCACGAUCUCUAAUGACAUGCCACCUCAUCUGCAUUUCAUAAAUUGUGUUACUGCUGCCAUCUGGAGGUUGCAAGUGGAGUGACUUACUGACUAUGAAUGAACGGGUGUGUCGCAAAGACGGCGGUGGGCAAACAUGUUAUAAGGAGCCUGCUUUGAGCUCUCUGUUGAAUGAUUCGGAAGCAGGAGAGCUUGGCAGGGGACACUGGGACGUUCAGUACGAACUCAUGGGAAAAUCAGGGAUACUUUAAAGUGAUUUUAAAUUUUAAAUUCGAUAGUUUUCUAACUACAUGCUACUACUGUGAGAUAUAUUUUUUGCCAAGACUGAAAAUGCAAGUUCCCCUGCCCCAGUCAUAGUAUGGACCCGAGCAGCAAGGAUGAUGACCGCGGUGCAGCCGGACCGCGUCUUUGCUCCGCACCCGUCUCUACUCUCGUGCCUUCGUGAUUUACUUGUACAUAAUGUGUCGUGUAGCGGACAUAUCCAAACCCACCUGAGCAGACUGUUAUUUGACCCGGGCUUUCUGGUAUCCGUGCUGUAUGUAUGUAUGUAUGUAUGUACUUGUAUAUUUGUAUAGAGGAGUAUCAACUAAUUUAUUUAUAUAAAGAGUAGGACCUAAGACUGUAUUUUACUACUUAAGAGAGAAAAGUUGUCAGUAUUAGUUGUUUAGAGACGUGCAUGUGCUUUGAAUGUCGGUAGAGCAGGUCCCUAAUCGUUUUACAAGUCGCUCGGAUGAAAGCCGGAAAGCCCGGCCGUGAGCGGCCGCGUGCCGUUACGUCGUCAAGUAUGGGAUUGCCGUGUUUGUGACCCCUUUCCACUCCAUUUCUGUCGGUGGUCCACACUGUGCACGCUCUCACAAGAGAUGGCACGGCUACACGCGAGAAUGUCGGAUUUAUCCCACUGCCAAAUUAAUUAGUGGACGGUGUCAAAGGUGGGAGUGGAAAGGGUCCAGUAUCGUUCUCUGAGCUUGUCAUGUGCAUUGAAGGCGGGUUUCUCUGUCUGUGUAAAUGUUACCUUUCACAACAGCCGAGUGAUGGCGACAAACAGAACGAUCUGUUUCGAGAUGUUGCGGCACGCUGUGUGGCAGCUCGACAUUUGAACAGUCAUUGUUUUCAAGGGUGGAGAAAGCACAAUUCCACUUAUUUUAUGCAUUUGUGAGAGAAAUCCACUGCGUUGUGUUCUAUCAAAACAUUUCAGAAACUUUUUUACGUUUUUUUUAUUUAAGUUUGUAGGUGUGUAGUCAGGAUAUGUAGUUCUAGUGAAAACAAGGGAAAUUUGCUGUAAAUGAGUUGUUUAUCCUUUUAAUUAUAAACAAAUUUAUUUCAUUUUUAAAGUAAUUUUUUUUGAACUGCUGUAACAAAAUCUACCUCAGUUACUUUAAGGUUUGACCACCAUGGUUUGUUCCGUUCCCACCUGCACAAGCAUGUGCUGCUACCUGCCCACCUGCCUGCCAAUUGCUACACUUCGAGGAACAGACUGGAAAUGGUGGCAUUUCACGAUAAUAUUGUGUAUAGAUUACUUCAUUUUCUUUUUAAUAUUAUUAUUUGUGUGUGUGUGUCUGUCAGAGGGUGGGUGCUGUUAAAUAUCAAGAAUGAAUGUUCAACUGUUAUUUAAAGAAAUAUAAUGCUGUAAUGAGGAA